CACUUCCAAAAUAACGAAUCAAGAACCAAAAUCACAAUUUACCCGUCUUCUUCAUCUAUCCCUUUCAAUUUAAUGUGCUCCAUAUGUCCAAAGGAAAAUCAGUCGACAGUGAUCCUCUGUAAAAUUCUCGUACCAUGAUCUCAAUUACCUUCAGUAAUCUAGAUACAUAUACAUAUACAUGAUACACGAUACAUCUCUCUCUAAAUGAACACGGAAACGGCAAUAGAGUUUUUGCUCCCUUCAUGGUGGGAGGUCCAAGUAACCGUCGCCGCCGCGUGCUUUGUAAUUGCAGCAUAUUGGUUCUUCACCGACGGCGGUUUCACCGGCGCGGGUGAUCGGUCCCAGUUUGAUAACUCCUCUCUUGCUUCCGGUGAUGUCGUAGAUGACAAAGAAAAGAUAGAUCAACAGAAGGGCGACUCUAAUGGCAGCUCUGCUUAUAUGAUCAAGGUGGAACUGUUAGCAGCUAAGAAUCUUAUUGGUGCUAACCUGAAUGGCAUGUCAGAUCCUUAUGCAAUCAUCACAUGUGGUACAGAAAAGCGAUUUAGCUCAAUGGUUCCUGGUUCAAGAAAUCCAAUGUGGGGAGAAGAAUUCAAUUUUUCUGUGGAUGAACUUCCUGUAAAGAUCAAUGUGUCAAUAUAUGAUUGGGAUAUAAUUUGGAAAAGUACUGUUCUUGGUUCUGUAACUAUUCCUGUUGAAAAGGAAGGGCAUACUGGUGCAGUAUGGCACCCUUUGAGUAGUUCUCCAGGGCAGGUUUGUCUCCAUAUUAGAACAAUUAAACACUCCUCGGGCAGUUCCAGGGGUUUGAAGGGAUAUGCUGGAGCUAACCCUAGAAGACGAGUUUCGGUAUAUAAACAAGGGCCAAUAGUUGUACAUCAAAAGCCUGGACCCUUACAGACGAUAUUUGAUCUUCUACCAGAUGAGAUUGUUCAACACAGCUAUUCAUGUGCAAUGGAAAGAUCAUUCUUGUAUCAUGGUCGUAUGUAUGUUUCCGCUUGGCAUAUCUGCUUCCACUCUAAUGUUUUCUCCAAACAAAUGAAGGUCAUUAUUCCUUUUGGAGAUAUAGAUGAGAUACGAAGGAGUCAACAUGCAGUCAUUAAUCCAGCGGUAACAAUAGUUCUUCGCAUGGGUGCAGGUGGACAUGGCGUCCCUCCUUUGCGAAGUCCAGAUGGUAGAGUUAGAUAUAUGUUUGCAUCAUUUUGGAAUAGAAAUCACGCGAUAAAAAUUUUACAACGUACAGCAAAGAAUUACCAUGCAAUGGUAGAAGCUGAGAAGAAGGAGCAACAACAGUCAGAAUUACGAGCAAGUAGUAGCUCUUUAAAUCGUAAAAAAACAGUGAAGGUUCUAGAAGAAAGCGUGCCAAACAAACACCAGCCUUUUGUUCAAGAGGAUGUUCUCACUGGCAUAUAUACUGAUGUUUUUCCAAGUACCGCUGAACAAUUUCUUGACCUGUUAUUGAGUGAUGGUUCAAAUUUCACAAGUGAAUAUCGUGCAGCGCGUAAGGAUACAAAUCUUAAUAUUGGCCAGUGGCAUUCUGCUGAUGAAUAUGAUGGUCAAGUGAGAGAAAUUACGUUUAGGUGCCUCUGUAAUAGUCCUAUGUGUCCGCCAGACACAUCCAUGACAGAGUGGCAACACGCCUUGCUGUCCCCUGAUAGAAAAUCUCUGGUGUUUGAAACUGUGCAACAGGCACAUGAUGUUCCAUUUGGAUCUUAUUUUGAGGUGCACUGUAGAUGGACUAUGGUGACUACAUCCGAAUCCACGUGCUCUAUUGAUGUUAAAGUUGGUGUGCAUUUUAAGAAAUGGUGCGUAAUGCAAUCUAAGAUAAAGUCGGGUGCUAUCAGUGAGUAUAAGAAAGAGGUGGAAUUGAUGCUAGAAGUGGCGCGUUCAUGUUUUAGCUCCAACACAGUUAUUAAUGAGAUUGCGAGUGUUGUUUCUUCUGUUUCAACUAUCGAAAAUGCAUAACCAUCGAAAACUUGUGUUGUUAAGAUAAUAAGUUAACUUUUUAGCAAGAAAACGAUAUAGAAGAUUACAAGUAUUUCAAUAUACUUAAAACUUUCGACC